AUGCCACAGUGGUCAUAUCUCACCAAGCCCCUAGGCAGUCUCGAUCUGCCUCAGGAGAUACUUUUGUUGAUUACAAAGGCGAUGCCUCUCCAGGACCGCUCUAAGCUCUCGCAGACCUGCAUGUCUGCAUACUUGCGCCUCGGGGAUAGCAUUAAAACGGAGAAGGCCCAACUAUUUUCCCAAUUCCUGCCUUCCAGGCAGGAAUUCGAUAAACAUGGCUGGUCAUGGAUGGAUACCAAUGCAGUCAUCGGAAGGGACAGACCAAAACACGGCUGCAAUGAUACCAAGAUCGAUGGCUUCGCCAAUUUUGUUGUUGCUUUUGGCAUCUUGGAUGUCGUGCAGGCCUGUCUAGAUGCAGGUGUGGAUUUCAAUCGAACAUAUGAGAAGACGAAGGAGUCUGUGGCACAUUACCUGGCCCUACACAUUCCCACAGAGCUAUUCGACCUAUUAGCACCGCAUCUUACAUUUGAGACUAUGACGAAGGUCUCAGCUGCUCGCAGGACGCCACUGCAAGUCGCACUGGGACGAGAACAAGAUGAUAAUGACUAUAUUUUACCGUUUAUCCACGCCAUCAAAGAGGGAUCUCCAGGUAUGGUGGUAUUACUCUACAGGAGAGAUACGAAGCAUCCCACUUUGGAAUGGAACCCCGGGAGACUGUUUUCACCUUCGGCAUACGCCAUGGCUCUUGUCCGCGGGAACCACGGGAUCGUGAACUACCUAGAGCGUCUCAUUGAGAGCGACAGCAACGACCCUCAAAUGCCAUACAUACCGGAGAAUGAUAUACAUUCCGACAUGGCACGCAAGAUAAUGGAGGUUAUGUCAAAAACCCAGCACUGGGACGAGCAUAUUUUUGGUGAUAGACUCAAGUUCGACCUCAUCAAUCAAAUCGCGUUGCAUAUUCCUCCCUUGGCAGGGGCAGAUUUAGAUUCCCCUUGUAUCUGCGAGCUUGUCGAAAAAGCUCAACAUAUUCGUCCAGACAAACAGGCUAUGCUCUCUAGGAGACAGAGACUCAUUAAGGCGUUAGAACACUUCCCUCGACAUGAAUGCGACAUUUGUUCGAAGAUACGACAAUACUGGCGUGUCAUACAGGGAAGGCCGUUCUGCGUCUACUGCACACGGUUAGGAGAGGGAGGUGAUCCUGAAAUAAGGAUAUUUUUCUUGCAGACCUCGGAGGUGGUCCUUCACCAUCACAUAACGAACCAAGCACGCAUACAGAGGGACCCUUACAUCAAGCGACUGAAAAGCUCAAAGUCGAAGCGAGUACCUCCUACCAUUAAUGAUAGAGAAAACCAGCUUAAAGAGACUUUGAGCAAGUUUUGUAGCUUGGUAAGGGAAAAUGUUGAUAAUGAUGAGAUGGACCGACUCUUUUUGGUCUUCUUGCGUCUUCUUCGAUUCUAG